CCUGUAGCGAAAAAAGAGCGAAAACCUGCCGCAAAGGAAGCGGUUUCUUAGCGACAUCGUGGAUCCAAUCAUUAUGACCGACUGUGACAAUUAGCAAGAGUCAUUACCCCUAGGAGUAUGAAUGUAUAAGAUCCAUGUAUUCGACCUUGGCGUUGAAGAGAUCACGAUGCCAAGAUACCAUACAUUCCACCCAAAUCCCUCUUCCCAAUAUAAAAGAAUUAGAAGAAAAUAAAAUACCAAUUCGCCCUCACCAUGACGCAAAAAACAGUCGCAUUCUUCGGCGCUAGCACCGGCGUGGGUCUAGGCGCCCUAAAGACCUGUCUCGCCGCAGGCCACUCCUGCAUCGCGCUGUGCCGCAACCCCGCCAAACUCAGCGCCAUCUUCGACCUCGAGAAGACGCCUAACCUCACAAUCGUGCAAGGCAACGCGCAUGACAUCGCAGCCGUAUCGCGGUGUCUUAAGGCAUCAGAAACGACCCUCGUAGACGCAAUCGUUUCCACAAUCGGCGGCGCCUUCAUCUGGAGUAAAAUGACCCUCGACGACGCCCACGUAUGCGAGAAGGGCAUAGAAACCCUGCUCUCCGCACUCACCACUCUGCGCAAGUCAGGCGUAGUAGGACGUCCACACAUAACCGCAUUCAGCACAACCGGGAUGUCGCGCUUCGGGCGGGACACACCGGUCGCUGUGACGCCCUUCUACAGCAUCGUGCUGAAAGUACCGCACCUAGACAAGCGAGCGAUGGAAGACAAGCUCGCGUCCAGCGGGGAGGAAUACACGGUGGUGCGAGCGAGUCUGUUGACGGAUGGGGAGACGGAGAGGGAGAUCCGGGUGGGGAUUGAGGACCCGGCGAAGGGGGUUGAGACGAAGGCGAUCGGGUACACGAUCUCGCGGGAGGACGCGGGGAAGUGGGUCGCGAGGAACUUGGUUGCGCGGAGGGAGGAGAGGUUUUUGAAUAAGACGGCUACGAUUACUUACUAGACAGGAGAGCUACAGUGGUGUGCAUUCCAAUUUGGUAACUUAGAAGAUUUCGAUCUUUUCUUUUUGUAAUGGGAAGAGGGAUGGUGGUUUCCACUCUUGUGGAGGCCCAUUCGUACAUCUUUGCAAAAAAAAGAUUUUUUUUCGGAAAUUCGAAACGCUAUUCUAAAUAUAGUAAUAAAAUGUACGGAAAUUAUUAAAGAAGUAUAUAGUAAUAUAUUAAAAUGAAUUAUUUAAACGUGGGAUAUAUGUAUUCGCAUAUAAAUUUAGUUAUAAAAGUAUAUAUAUAAU